UUCGGCUAUAUAAGGAAAAUGCAACGAGAGCUCAGUGCUUUUCUGUAUCAUUUCUGUAUAUUUUUACGCGUAGAUGGCACGACCAGCACAGGUGGCAUGACUGCAGUUCCUGAGAAGGAGGUGCACAUUUUUGCUUGUUUCUGGAACCUGGAGCUGUGCGAUCCUUUUGGUUUCCCUUUUACUCGUAUCUAAACAUGUUUACAAAGUUUUGAUGAUGCCUGAAAACUAGACUCGUGCCGAAUUUUUACCAUGUAUUUGAAUCUUCUGUUGCUGUUUUGCUUUAUCAGUCAUUGUGGUACCACUCCUGUACCUGUGACGGGGGGGAAAGGAGGAGACGUCACACUGACAUGUGAAUCUGAGGCCAGAGACAUUUCUGCUCUAGCUUUAAGCAGACUGUCAAAAAACAUCCUUGUCUGUGAGAGAGAAGAAUGUAAGAGUGAAAACAGCAGAUUUUUUAAAGAAGGAUCAUGUGACGUCAUCAUCAAGGAUCUGAUCUACAGUGACGCUGGGAAAUACUUUCUGAGAGUCUAUUACAGUAAUGAUCAGACAGAAAUCCUGCAAUAUAAACUUCAUAUUCAUGAUGAGAUCUCAGUGAAGAAAGGAGAGGAUCUGAAGUUGGAUGUUCUGUUGACCAACGCUGAUAAAGUGGAGAGAAACUCUGGCUCCGGCUGGACAGAGCUGUGGAGGAGAGGUCACGGGGUCAGCAGUGAUGGACUGAGCGUCAGUGAGCAGACUCUGAUCAUUCAUGAGUUUACAGACACUGACUCUGGAUCAUACAGAGUUCUGGACUCUAAUAAUGAAGCCUUGGUCACAGUCACAGUCACAGUGGUAUCUACAGGAUCUGGCUCAACAGGAGAACACACAGCUUACCCCCAUCGUGAUCGAGAACCUUUGAGUUGGCUAAUGAAAGUGAAUGGGAUUUUUGUGAUUACGAUAUUUAUUGCAUAUAUAGUGAUUAUGGUAAUUCAGAUUGUGUUGAGGUUUGCUGGAAGGUUCUGGUGAGAUCACUUGUAAUUUUCCUUGAGCACUAAACAUCUUCAGAGGAUUCUGUCUACAUAUUUCUCCAAUAUAUACUGUUUACAUCAUGAUUCGAUUAGUUUCAAGUGGCCUAGUUAAAGAUUUGGACUAUAGUGACUGAAGGGUGACCAAACCUAGUUCUUGAACUAAGAAUUAUAGUUUUUAUUGAAUAGCAACCAUUGUUUCUAA